AUGCCGCCCAGCUACAACCACACGAUGAACGGUGUCAACCUGGCGAACUUUCGCCAAUUGACACAGAGCGGGAGGAACAAUGGCAAGAAUGGUGGCUACCGUGCACCAUAUGAGUGGACUCUUGAGAGUAUUGAGCAAAUGGGAGCUGGCGCUGCCGAGAACCGCAUGUCCUCAACGUUGCGUGAGGCGAGCACACAGUUGCAGGCUGUUACCAAUGCCACUGUGGCCAACGACAUCUCACACGUCAACAAGGCGCUGCAAACAAAGCUGAGCCAAACGGAGCAGCUUAAAAACAUGCUGGAGACGUGCCUAGCGGAAGUCAUUUCGGAGAUUGCGGAACUCCUCUCUACAAGAAAACGCCUGGAGGAGCGCGGCGGCAAGGUGGCCUCGAAGAUCGGCGUCAAUGCCAGCCGCUUACAGGUCCGCUCUGGUCGUCCCAACCGCGAGAUGACUAUGGACGAUGUGGAGAAGUCACUUUUGAAGCAGCAGGGCCUUUUGAGCUCUUUUGCAGAGCGGGUCAGUCGUGCAAUUGCUCAAGUGGACAAGGAGGUUGCGGCGCUGGAGUCGGUUCGAGCCAAGCUGGAGGCAGACUUGCGGGACAAGGCUGAGGCCCUCCGUGUGGACGAGGCGGUCUUGUCCAUCCCCACGGACCCCUCUGUGGAGAGCUCCAUCUCCCCGUCCUUCCGCCGCAGUCACACGGACGCCAUCCCCAAGACCCCGCACUCGUGGGUUCGUUCAACGGAGGACAACCUGCGUAACGCGCACCACUGGCUGGCCGACUCGGCAAGGUUGCGCAAGGCGAUUCUGCACGCCAUUGCCAACAGCCGCGCCAACGAGCACGACAUGUCUGCCCGUCUGAAUGAGAACAUGAUGGCCAAGGUCUCGGCCACCAGGAACCUCCGCGAAGACCUGCAGUCGCAGCUGGAGCGAGUGCGGGACGAGCAGACCCGGGCCAAGUCGCAGAGGGCGUCACUUUCCGCUGCGCUGGAGGCCAAGAGGGGUCCGCUGGCGCAGGCGCGCGAGCGUCUGGCGGUCCGCCGCGCUCGUCCAUCCCGUGAGACCGUGAAUGACGAGGUGGAGGCUGCUCUGGCCCGGGAAGUGGCUCACCUGGCUUCAAUCACCCAGCAGCUCAGCGACAAGAUUGCGGCCGUGGAUAAGGAGAUUGCCUCCCUGGACAUGGCGGCCGCUCAGCUGAAUGAGAACAUCCGGGACAAGGACGAGGCCCUGCGCAUCGACGAGCGGAUGGUGAUGCUAGACGGCCGCAUCAACCUGGCGCAGCGCCCGCCGAGCAGUGUCGCCAGCUUUGCGGUAUCGGAAAUGUCUGCACCCCGCACCCAAACUCUGUCGCGCAUUCGGGAGCUGGAGGCCUCUCUCACCAUGGCCCGCCGGGAGCGCGAGGGCAUGGAGUCGUCCAUCCGGCAACUCAAGGAGUCGAUUGGCGGCACGGGCAGGUUUUAA